AUGACGCGAUGGAGAUACGAACGACCGCGUCCGCGGUGCGACGGCGAAGAUGAACUCGGUGCGCGUCGCGACGUCGAUUUACGACGCGCGACACCGGUCGUGACGGCGGUGGAGAGGGGCUCGGGCGUCGCGGAUGCCGAGCCGGCGCGCGCGCGGGCGAAGAGUCGGAGAAAGUUGGGAACGGAACCGUCGGCGCCGGCACCGGCGCCGGCGAAGAAGAAGCGAGGGUCAGCUAAACCGAGUUUACACGCGGAGGCGAUAGCUUUGGCGUUCGAGGCGGGUCGGGGCGAUGCGAUGGAUGGCGUGGACGAAAGUGACGCGGCGGCGUUCAAUCGAGCGCUGAGGGAGACGGAGGAAGGCACGACGUGCGCGAUUGGGACGCUGCAACGAGACGUCGUGCGCGUCGUCGACGGGGUGGAGAUUUGGUUUGGGUUUUCAAGUAAUUUUAGGCCGCCCGACGCGGAUGAAUGUAAGGCGGCAAAGAAGGCGGCAAAGAAAUUUGGCGAAUCAUUUUCACGUGUCGACGAUGGAGACGAAGAGGCCGCGAGCACCGAAGGCGUGUUCACCGAACUACUUGGAUUCGGCGUUAUCUUCGAAGCGACAGGAGAGUUUUUCUUCUUGCCGCAUCAGAAAGGAUCGCUGGAUUUAGCGCAUCGAUUGGACGCUCUUAUCUCUCGAUGCAGAGUAGUUACGUAUCACGCACAGGAGGUAGUGCAGCGGGCGUUGGACGUCGGUGUAUCGAAAGUAGAAGCAUCGACCGCGAAUUUCGUCGAUUGUCGUGUUGAUGCGUGGCUCAUGAAUCCAGAUCGAGCGUACGAUGGCGGUAUAUCCGAAGUAUCGGGCUGUUUUGAGGAAGUCACGAAGAACGGCGACGCAUCCUGGGAUUCUCCCACCGCGCGAUUACGAGCCGAUUUGGCGCUAGCGCUUCGAUAUUACCAGCGGGGAUCUGAGAUACCGCGGAUGCAAGGCAUCUCGUUCGCGCGCAUCGUCGAAGCAAAGAUUGCGGUCGCGCUCGGCGCGAUGCAGCACCGUGGUAUGUGUUUCGAUCGCCACGAGGCGAAUACACAACGAGCAGCUGCGAACGCGCGAGUCGAGGAACUGCAGAAUCGCGCGAGGGACGUAAUUGGCGGCGUUGAAAUUAAUCUCUCGAGCGCGCAGCAGGUCGGUGACGUGCUGUACAACCAGCUGAAGCUUCCGCCCCCGAGCGCUCACGCGAUGAAAGGAGCAAAAUCGAGUCAUCUGAGUACAAGCGUGGAUGUGCUUCAGCAAAUGAAACAUCCUUUCGCUCAAAUCGUCCUCGACCACAGAGGAGCGUUGAAAGAACGUGCGAUGUGCGACGGAUACGACAAGGCCACCGUCGUCAACGCCGAAGGGCACGCAAGAAUACAUACUCGAUGGAACAACACCUCGACAGCAACUGGUCGCCUGUCUUCGAGCGCGCCGAAUGUGCAACAGGUUGGGAGAGGGUCGAUGAGAAACUGCUUCAUUGCACCGCCAGGUCGCGUUUUGGUGGCUGCCGAUUACAGUCAGAUUGAACUCCGAGUUCUCGCACACUUGACCGAAGACGAGCGUUUGAUUUCACUUUUCAACGAGCAUUCUAGAACUGUCGAUGUAUUCUGUGCGAUUUGGAAUGCGGGUAGAAACUUACCGAUCGAGACGCCGACAGAACCUGGGACACGUGACAUCGCAAAGCGAACUGCGUACGGUAUCGUGUACGGACAGCACGCCACUGGCCUGGCGGAGAAGCUCAACUGCUCCAAGUUUGAAGCACAAGGCUACAUUGCGGCGUUUCAUCGAGCUUUUCCACGCGUGCAGCAGUGGAUUUCGCGCGUCAUUCAAACGGCCGAACGAGAUGGUGCCGUCAUAAUCCCAUUUUCUGGACGCCAUCGUCCCUUGCCGAAGAUACAUUCAAACGUUUUCAGCGAGCGCAGUGAAGCGCAGAGGCAAGCCGUGAACACGGUGAUUCAAGGCUCGGCGUCGGAUUUGAUCAAGACAGCAAUGCUUCGAUGGUGCGAAGCUACGAAGGCCGGAGAGGCGAGAGCCGAACUCGUUGAACUCGUAGCCCAAAUACACGACGAGCUUUUGUUUGAGUGCGAGAAAGAUUACGUCCAAGAAGCAGUGCGCGUCAUUCGCUCUUGCAUGGAGGGCGCGCUCUGCUUGUCGGUGCCAACACCAGUAAAAAUCUCCACAGGAAAGUCGUGGGGCGAACUCGUCGAAAUCGCGAUCUCAUAG